AUGAUAAAAGUUAGUAAUAAUUUUAGCAAUCAUUAAUUUAUAAACGAUAAUUAAAUGCUUUCAUAAAGCAGUAGUAGAAAUCUUUUAGAGAAUGCAAUGGGUCCAGCCUUGAGACAUGAUCCUCACCCAUUCAAAUGUUAUGAAAAAGAUAGAUCACCUUCGAGAUUAUCAAUAGAAUCUGAGCAGUAGCUAAAGAUAAAUAAUAGUGAAGGUAUAAAGAUGAGUAUACACGAAACUGCAGAUAAAAAGAAAACUAUAAAUUUAAAUAUUGCAAGAAGGAAAUCCACAAGAACAUAAUAAGUAAUAUUAUUAUAAAAUAAUAAAAGUUAGGCAAGAGGAAAUCUGAAUAAUCAAAAAAAUUUGAAGGAUUGUCCAUUUUAAGAACUAUGUAGUAGAAUUAACUUAUUUAAAAGUUUGCAAAUACUUUAUUAAUGAAAUCCUAUAUUUUGUCAUAACAUAAUAAGUACUUACUAAAUUAAGAAAGCUAUCUAUAAUCUAAAGUUGAUAAAACAAAAUACUAAAGUAAAAAUAUUGUCAUAAUAAUCAGAUUAAAAUUAGAAUAGUACUACGAAUAUAUUUGCACCAGGAAGCUAAUUAGUAAUGAUAUGGGAUGUGAGUGCAACAUUCUUUCAUUGUUUUAGUUUAUGGCUUUGUCCAUUUGUAUCAUCAUUUGUAGAUGAUGAAAGUUAUAGUGCAGCAGAAAUGUUUUUAAUUAUUCAUAUCAUAAUUGAUAUAAUCAUCCAUUUGAAUAGACCCAUUAUGAUUUAAGGAGAAAUUAUUUUUGAUAAGUUGGAGAUAAUAUAAUAUUACUUUAAAGGACAAUUACUGGAAGAUCUAAUUAGCUUAACAAUGUGGUUUUUAAUGUAUUUUGAUUUUCAUUAAAUACCUGUGACUAAUGAGAUAAUAACAGUUAUUCUCUUAACUAUUUCAAUUUUAAAAGUAAAACGAAAUUAUGAAAAUUUCAUAGAAUCUCUAUAUUUAUAAGGUGCUGUUAAUUAAUUGGUUGAUCUUAUUACCUUAAUAAUGAUGAUAUAUUUCUUUGCUCAUUUUAUGGCUUGUGUAUUUCAUCAUGUUGGUGAUAUUACAUCAGAUAGUGAGAACUGUUGGUUAAUACAUUACAAUUUAUUACAUAAACCUAUUUCAGUUAAAUAUAAUCAUUCUUUCUAUUGGGCUACUAUGACAAUGGUCACUGUUGGCUAUGGUGAUAUUACACCAUAAAAUGAAGCAGAAUUAGUCACAGUAAAUUUACUAAUGUUGUUAUCAAGUUGUAUGUUUGGAUAUUCAAUGAGUUCAAUUGGAAUGAUUCUUAAGAGUAUAUAGGAUGCUAAAUAUAAAUGUAAAAGAUCUCUCAUUUUAAUGAAUUCUUAUAUGAGAUAAAGUUAAGUAGAUCAAUAGAUUCAAAGUAGAGUAAGAGAUUAUAUCAAAUAUUAAGUGGAAAUGGAAUCUAAAGAGAAUAAUGAGGAUGUAAACUAAAUUAUUAAUGAUUUACCUAAUUAAUUAAAGUAAGAAUUAUAAACUAAUGUGUAAAUGAAUAUUAUGCAAAAAAUAAAAAUAAUCACAUCUUAAUUUACUAAACAAACUUAAUCAGAAGUAUCUUAGAAUCUUUUAUAAUUAAAAUUCACUCCUGGAGAUUAUAUUUAUCACCAAGAUUAAAUUGAUAAUAAUUUGUAAUUAUUAAAAAAUAUAUUUCAUAGAUAUUAUAUAAAAGAAGGUUAAAUUUAAAUAACAGAAGAAAAGAGUGGAAAAGUAUUAUAAAUAAUUAAAUCUACUAAUACUUUUGGAGAAUAUUAAUUUUUUACAGGUCUUUCUACUAAAACUUGUGCUUAAAGCAUAGGAUUCUCUGAAGUUUAUUAAAUUAAAAGAGAUAUAUUUUUAAAAAUUAUAAGAUCUUCCAAUAAAGAUUUUGAAAGGUUUCAUAAUAUCAAAGAUAAUUUAAUACUUAAUUCAAAUUACUAUGUGAUUUUAUAAAGUUGCAAUUUCUGUAAAAUGUAUACUCAUUCAAAUAUUGAUUGUCCUUUGCUCAACUAUAAACCAGAUCCUCAAAUUAUAUCAAUAAGAGAAUAAAGAAAAUAUCCAUUUCAAAAUCGAAAAGCAUUUGUUAGAAUGGGAAAUAAGAUUAAGUCAUUAUUUAUAUAAUAAUAAAUCACAUAAGCAGUAGAAGAGUUUUUGGAAAAGUAGAGUUCAUUUCAUGAAGUAAUUAGAGAAAUUCAGAAACAUUCUGAAGAAAGUCCAAAUACUUAAUAAUAAUAAUAGGCAAUCUAAAUAGAAAUUAAGAGUAGUGAAGAUCAACCUAUUGAAAAUUAAGGAUCUAAUCUUUUACCUUAAACUAAUCCAACAACCAAUACUGGACCUCCAACUUUAGCAAUGAUGAGAGGAAAAUCUAGUAGAUAUGUCUUUAAUCAAUCUUCUAAAGGGUCUCAUCCAAAAAAUUACUUUGUUAUGGAUCAUAAUAAUAAGGAAGUUACUAAGGAAUUAAUUUUUAAAGAGAAUUCAUUUAUUUACUAUCUUUAUUUUAUAUACUAGUUUCACUACAAUGAAAUUGAUCAAAUGAGAGAAUAUUAGACUUACAUGCCCUAAAAUAAUUGUUCCAACUCUAUCAAAUUAAGAGAGAAAUUUCUUGACAAAAAGCAAAUUGGUAGAUAAGGGAUAGAUAUUAAUGGCUUAUCCAAAACUUAUAUUAAUAUAAGAAAUAGAGAUUUACUCUCUUCAUAAAUAAUAUAGCCUCACUUUUGA